CUUGGGAAGCGUUUAAAACACAUUCUGAAAAGUGUUCGGAAAGUUGCUUGCACGCUUCAGCACCAGGUCCAAACGGAACGGCUCCGAAUAAAAUAAGAUACUUGCGGAUUAGUCGGGGAGUUUCCCGCCUGCUUGCUUUUGUGCUUUGUGCCGGACUCUCACAAGUCUGACCUGCGCGUCCAUUUUUAAAGCUCUCCCCCCCGCUCUCAUUGUAAAUAGACUCAGUAGCACAAUGUCGCAACAUUUCAGGAGUGGACCAGCGUUCGGACUUUCCGCCGAGGUCAAGAGUAAGUUGGCAGGCAAGUAUGACCCUCACAUGGAGGAGGCGCUCAGGCUCUGGAUUCAGGAUGUGACCGGCAAGAAGAUUGGAGAAAACUUCAUGGAGAGUCUGAAAGAUGGAGUCGUGCUCUGCGAACUGGUUAAUGUUCUCCAGCCGGGCUCGGUGAAAAAGAUCAACCACUCCAGUCAAAACUGGCACCAGUUGGAAAACAUCGGCAAUUUUGUCCGUGCCAUCACAGAGUACGGCCUGAAACCUCACGACAUCUUUGAGGCCAACGACUUGUUUGAGAAUGUCAACCACACGCAGGUCCAGUCCACUCUCAUCACGCUCGCAGGAAUGGCCAAGUCGAAAGGGUUCCACUCCAAGUACGACAUCGGGGUCAAGUAUGCCGAGAAGCAGCAGCGUCGCUUUGCUCCGGAGAAGCUCCGGGAGGGACGCAACAUCAUCGGCUUGCAGAUGGGCACCAAUAAGCUUGCCAGUCAAAAAGGGAUGACCUCCUACGGCACUCGACGCCACCUGUAUGACUCCAGGAUGGGCAUGGACAACCCCAUGGACCAGUCCACCAUCAGUCUCCAGAUGGGCACGAACAAAGGAGCCAACCAGUCCGGCAUGACGGCGCCCGGAACAAGGAGGCACAUCUUUGACAAGAAGCUGGAGCUGGAGAACUGCGACACCACCACUAUAUCGCUGCAGAUGGGCACCAACAAAGUGGCCUCGCAGCAGGGCAUGACCACCUACGGCCUCCCCCGCCAGGUCUACGACAACAAGUACUGCACCAACCCCGCCGAGACCUACUACAACAACGGGAGCGAGGCCGAAUUUGUUUUACUUCCGUAUGAAGAUGGCGUCAAGUGACUCGCGCCUCCAACAGCUGCCGUCCCAGAAGGAUGCGGCCGACCAGAACUUUGACUACAUGUUCAAACUGCUGAUCAUCGGCAACAGCAGCGUGGGGAAAACGUCGUUCCUCUUCCGCUACGCGGACGACUCCUUCACCUCAGCCUUCGUCAGCACCGUGGGCAUCGACUUCAAAGUCAAGACCGUCUUCCGCAAUGACAAAAGGAUCAAACUGCAGAUCUGG